AUGUCGAAAACGUUACACGCAAUCGUUCUGAACUGUAGCAAGGUGAGCAGCUCGGAUCUUCGCACGGAAGCGGUACACCUGCUGGUGGCGCUGAACUCGUCGUGGGGUAUUUUGAAGCCGGACCCACCGGACGAGGACGUGGUGCGCCUAUUGCUCCUGCUGUCCCUCCGCUUCGGCCUCACACCCGUGCUGCGUGUGCGCUUCAGGCUGGUGGGCACCAACAGGACGCAGCUGCUGGUCGAGCCGUCCAAAGCGCCCCUUCCCGCGGACCGGCUGCCGCGCGGAACCGCCGCCCGUGUGCUGUCGUGGUGCGCGUUGUAUCUACGCACCCGGCUAGCCGACGACGACAUGGCCGAGAUGGCGGACGUGCUGCGCGACAUGCUGUCGUUGUCGUCGCGCGCAGCGUCACCGAGAGGAGCGAUGCGCUCGCCGGAGGUCCUCGCGCACUUGGCCCCGUCGGUUCCCGCUCACGUCUGGAUCGAGGCCGCAUCCACGUACGCGGCUUCCGGCCUUUCCUCCGCGCCUCCCGGAGUGCUGAUCCGAGCGGUGUCCACCGUACGCUCCGUUCUUAGCGUGCUGCUGAAGGCGCACUACCGCGAAAUGGUGACGCCCUUGCUGCUCGUCCAAUCGUUCGCCACGGUUCUUGGGCUGCACAUCGCACGAGUGCUGGGCGGCAAGAAAGGGAGCGGUGGCAGUGACGAUGAGCGUUGCCUUCGGCUGAGCCGGCGCGUGUUGUUGCCCGUCUGGAACGUGCUCUACUCGGAGGCCAUCGCUGACCAACGGUUCGUUCCGCGCGCCCAGACGCUGGUGCACGAGCUGAGGCUGAAGCUGCGCGAGCGGGUGCACGCCUCUCACGUGCUCGACGGGGAGAGCCGCGUCACGGCGGAGAGCAAGCUGGCCGCCGUCAGAGCCGUUUUUCCCAAGCCACCCGCACGUAUCCUCAUCUUACCAUUUCUUGUGUAUCCUUUGAGCUGCAUAAAGCGCGACAUUCCAUGA